CCUCACUUCGCUGCUGGCCAGAUACCCCCUGGAGCAGCCGCCCCUCGCCAUGGACUGCCUGGGCUCGCACAUCCUGCUGGCCUCGGAGCCGCUGGAGAUCAGCCUGCUGGAGGUGACCUUGCUGGGGGAGCUAGCGCCCACGGGCAACCCCCGCGCCUCCAUCCAAACCCUGCGACAGAUCUCCAUGUUUGAUGUGGGUCGUCACCUGUCGGACGUGGCACUCGUGCCGGUGAUGCCGGUAGCGGCUGCUGCGGCGGCGGCGAAUGGCGGCAUGGGCGGCGGCGGCGGUGGUGGUGGUGGAGGUGCGGGGUCGGGGGCUUCGCCCCGGCAGUGUGUGUUGUUGCGGUGGGGCGGGUUGCUGAGCGUGCUGGACCUGGAGAAGGGGUCGGAGCAGGCGUUGGCGCAGGAGGUUGAGGCGUUCUGGCUGAGCGACGCCAUCACGUGUCGGGCGGAGGUGAAAGCCGGCAGCGGCGGGGUGCUGGGAGGGAGCGGCUCCGGAGGCCUCUCAGCGGCGGCGGCAGCGGCGGCCGCAAACAGCGGCGGCGCUUGCGGCGGCGCUUGCGGCGGGGAGCUCAGACCUGACAGCAGCUCGGCUUCGGCGUUGGGAGCUGAAGCGGCUGGGAGUGUAGCAGCUGCAGCCGGCUCUUCGCAUCCCCAGCAGCAACAAGCCGAAGGGCACCCAGGCGGUGGUGCCUCAGCAACGCUACCGUCGGUGUCGCCGGCGGCGGCGCCAGCAGCAUCAACAGCAACGACGUCAGCAUCAACGGCAUCAACGACGUUGGAUGUUGAGAUGCCGUGGUGGCUGUACGGCCCCGCCGGCAUGCAACUCUGCUUCCCCUCCUCGCUGGAUACGGCACAAGCGCUGCCGUACUUUGGGAGCCACAAGGAGGCGGGGCAAGACAUCGAGCUGGAGUUUGACCAGGAGGUAUACCCGGUGGGUGUGUCCCUGGCUGACGACGCCAUCAUCGGUAUCACACAACGCAUCAUGCGCGGACCCGCCGGACUGCUGUCCUCGGGCUGCUUCUCCGCUGCCUCGGCCGCGCAGCUGCCCUGCUUCCACCCCAUUCCGGAGUCACAACCUGUGCUGCCAUGCCUGCUUCGAAGGUUGCUGCAGCGGGGGGCCUUCCCGGAGGCGGUGUCCCUGGCUCGCCGCCACGCGCGCGGCCCGCACUUUGCUCGCUCCCUGGAGUGGCUGCUGUUCACGGCACUUGACAUCGAC